AUGAUUGACGCAUCGUGGGAACUACAAGAGCAGACUGGGAUGGUUUCCAGGUACCAGGUGUCAUGGACACCAAAUGGAGCUAAUAAACCUACUGCAUCGUGCUACGUCGACACGACUAAAACAAACACGUCGAGCUGUGACGUGUACCCGACCAUUGGCAGCUGCACUCUCUACACCGUCACGGUGCAGCCCCAGACGCUCAGUCAAAGCACCCCCAGCUUCACUGGCACCCCAGCGUCAGCAGCUGACUACACCCUGCUGGAUGUGUCAAGCCCAGUGACAGUAACUAACGUCACUUGCGCUAACAUCGGCCAGAGCAUCACUGUGUCGUGGGGGAACGCAGGGGCUUGUGUGGAGUACGUAGUAUCAUACACGGGGGUUGCUAUGUGGGGGGACCGGCAGGUCACUAUCGAGCCUUCGGCACCAUUGAACUUGGCGUUCGAGGGCGUCACCGCAACAUCGUUCACCGUGACUUGGCUGAAGCCCGUCCAGGAAAACGGCCUGAUCGCGGAAUACCAAGUCCAGUGGAUUAGCACGGAUGAUAGUUUGAAGAGUCAGAGUAUCUUGGAUACGCGGUUGACAAUUGCGGACCUGAAACCUUGUGUAAAUUAUACGGUUACAGUGGCAGCUUCAACAUCGGCUGGUAGAGGACAAGAAUCUAAGGCGUCGCAACAAACUGUUGUGGCAGUACCCCCAGCUGUCGGGCCACCUCAGAUGCUCUUUGUGUCGAGUCGCAGCACGAAUCUGACAUGGAUCAAACCUGACACCAAAUGCACCGUGGUUGGAUACACCGUCAGGUUCAGCGGGCAAGCCAUGUGGGGUGUUAAUGCUACAAUUAACGAUACUUCCCUAAAGACCAUUACUUCGGCUAUACAAAUCACUGGUUUGAAGCCUUUCAGCAAAUACUCCUACACAGUCACAGCAGCAACAGCAGCUGGGGAAGGGGCUCCUUCCCAACCACAAUACAUUCAAACGGAGGUUGAUGCUCCAAGUGAGCCAACUCAACUUCGCGCAGAAGCCUUAAAUUCAACGUCAGUGCGGGUGUCCUGGCUGGCUCCCACGGAGGAAAAUGGCAUCAUCACUAACUACACGAUCCGCUCACAGCUCGCGGGAAACGGUACUGAAGCUGAUAAAGAACAGAUAAUCACCACACCAGGCAACCGCUUCACCUGCGACGUUACAGGCCUGGUCCAGUGCAGGGUUUACAACUUCUCUGUUGCAGCGUUGACGAGCCGCGGUGAGGGACCGAAAAUUUCAUUACAAGGGAGUCCCAUGACUACCGCACCAGCGGCUCCCCAAAACCUAAAUUGUUUCCUAAACGAUAAGGGUUCAUUAAGUGUUUUCUGGACUAAACCGGAAACGUAUUGUAAGAUCACAAGAUUUUCGAUUACCUCAAACGUUACUGUAAAGUGGUCCAACGUCAAAUUUGGGUUCUUAAAUUCUACCGGAGAAAGAACGCCUCAACUUGUGCUGGACCAGCCAUAUCCUGACUCGGAUUACACGAUCCAAGUGAAGGCCGUGCUGGGCAAUUCAACCAAUGGGGCUGAGGUCGUUUGCAAGAUCACGACAGCAGAAGCUGCUCCAAGCGCUGCCCGAAACUUGACACUACUUGAGGCCCGGAGUAACGCUCUCGUCAUACAGUGGGAAGCACCUGAGAAGCUCAACGGCAUCGUGCGCUAUUACUUCGUCAGCAGCGGUCGCAGUGAUGAAGUUGUCAGAAACGUAACACUCUACGUCAGGCCUGAUGAAACCCGCUUCAACUGCACCGUGGCGGGACUGACUGCUGGGACGCACUACAACAUAAGCGUGCGGGCUGCCACGACGAGAGAAGGUGAGGCAGUGGUUAUUCAGUUCACCACAGCGUCACCAGACCCAGAAGGAGUCGUUGUCAUCGCCUUGUUGGUGGUGAUGCUCAUCGUGGGGCUCUCGGCCGCCGUCUACAACCAUGAAGUCAUUCGCGAGAAGUUCAACUCACCAUCAUCCAGUUGCGGUCGAAAGUCUGGUUUGAUUAAGAGGUCGAGCAGCAACGAAGAUCUUCGUAAAGGAAUACUGGAUGCAAUUUUGCAGUUUGAAGAUGAUGGCCAGAAGUUGCUGACUGCGUUUGAGAAGCUGAGUGCGAGUAGCAGAGAUGCCACCAAGGACGCUGGCCUUCGCCACCAAAAUGCCGAAAAAAAUCGUUACCACGACAUUUUGCCGUUCGACGACACACGUGUUAUACUACACGACGAGUGGAACACAGACUACAUCAACGCCAGCUAUGUUAAGGACGCUGUCGGCAGCGUGCGCUUCAUCGCGUGUCAGGGACCGAAGCCUGGGACUGUGCCGGACUUCUGGCACAUGGUCUGGCAGGAACAAGUAAAAAUUAUUGUCAUGUUAACGGAUUGCUACGAAGGUCGUGAGGCAAAAUGUGCUACGUACUGGCCGGAGGAUGUGAAGUCAUCGUUCAUGGCAGAAAAAUAUAUUGUUACUCUGCUGGCUGAGGACGAAGGCUCAGACUACACACAGCGCAAACUCCUCCUGCAAAACGAACCAAGUCCUGCCAGAGAAAUCGUGCAGCUGCACUUCACGUCGUGGCCUGCGCACGGUGUCCCGGCCAGCGAGGCGGGGCUGCUGAGGUUCAUCAGCAGCGUCAAGGAACUGGUCGGGAACUCUGAUGUUCCUCAAGCCUCGAUCGUUGUACACUGCAGUGCGGGGGUGGGCAGGACGGGCACCUUCAUCGCGCUGUGGAACCUCCAGCAGCAGCACCAGCGGGGCGCCCCCAUCGACAUCGACGCGACCAUCCUCAAGAUCAGGGAAGACAGGAGCUUGCUCGUACAGUCUAAGGAGCAGUACCUGUUCAUCUUCAAGUGCUUUGCAGAAUACCUGCGCUCAACUGAGAUCUUCAACGAAUAUGGGAGCAAUAGUUUGGCGACAACCAGCGGCGAUGUGAGGGUAGUUCCCAGCUCAAACUCAACUGAACCUGACGAUGAAGCCGAGUGUGCUGAAGCCUUGUUGAAAAUAGAGGUCUGAGUUUCAUGGAAUUACCAUGAAGAUACAAGUUGAAUGUAGUUAAUCAACGAUUAACGGUUAAUGGCUUUUGUAGCAUAUAACGUUUCCUGUAUUCUUAAUAUCUAGCCGCUAAGAAGAAGCACGUUUUAGAAGUCGUGCUCCGUACGCCUUCGUUCCUGUUUCACGUUCAUUAUGUUGGUUCCAAUAAAGCCUGUU